UUCGCAGUUAUGGUUCUAUGUAGGCCUACUCGGCUGGUGCAUACGCCAUUUUUUAAAAUUAUUCAACUUCAUUUAAAGGCCCGUUUAUGCGGGCAAUGACCGUAUGGCGGUAACCUAACCUACAAGUUGUUAAAGAUCCGUUUAUGCACUAACCGAACAGCCGAGCGUGACGUCACGCACAGAAUGCGGUUCUCGCUUUAUCUUGCUCCAAUGACUGCGUUCUAAAAUUUAUCAGUACUGGAAAUCUAUAGCAUGUGUAACGGAUGUAUAGAUUUUACUGGCGGUGCAAUAUUGGAACGCGGUCAAUAUAUGUGAGAAUAAAAAUGAAUUAGUACCGUCGAUAGAGAUAAGUAAACAAAAAUAUGACAACCAGUUCGGAAGUUAUUUCGGAGAAAUGUCAAGAAGGCGCGAUUCGAUGCAUCUUCUUCUCCGAGUUUCAUCAUAUAGCGGGCCCAAAAAUUACACUGCAAGUGCCUGACAAUUUUAUAUCCAAAGACAUUUUUGACAACGUCAGUGUUUACAUUAUACCAAAAGCACAGUUACAAAGAAGCACCAUUACAAUCACAUUGAAGGAUUAUAAAAUUUUAGGAUUUCCUGUAAAAAUUGAUGACAAAAAGUAUGCCAGAAAUGCAUUUUACUUCAACUUGUGUUUUGUCUUUCAUGCAGAUGCUCGUACUGUCCAGUAUGAACCAGUAGUCAAAAAGAUGUCAGAUUUUUUGAUGGCUUUGGAAAUAGAAAAUUGCUUUUUAUCUGCCUCAGAUGAUAAAACCAGAUUAGCAGAGAUGCUCGCACAAGUCAUGCAGGAUUUGAAUCUAAAUAGAAUGUGCACAUUAACUGUGUGUGUACAUUUUUUAGAAGGAACAAUGACGUCUCACUUAAAAGUGGUGAAAUUGGCACCCGAGCCCAAACCAGUUCUUGAUCAUCAGGUACCAAUAUUCUUGGAAAACAGAGAGACGUUUCAGAGUGAUCAAUGGGAUUUGACUACUCAGCAAGUGUUACCUUACAUUGAUGGUUUUAAUCACGUAGCGCGUAUUGCGGCUGAAGCAGAUGUGGAAAAUAAUUUAGUCAAAAGCUGUGUUCAGAAUCUUGUAUAUUACGGAAUCGUGACUCUUAUUCCAAUAUUUCAGUACAGUAAUGUUUAUGCUGCGACUCCGAAAUUAAAACAGUUGGCAAAUGACAUAAAGUUACAGGAGAGAUGUAUAGCGUAUGCUUCCAAAUUAUCUAGACAACCUGCGUAUUUUAGAGAUAUAUAUCGUAUGUAUUCGAACAUGACUCAUGGCAUCAGUAUGAAAGAUUUGUGCCAACGUCUCAAUCCACAAAACUUGAGAAUAAACGAGAGAAGGCUUGUACAAUUCGGUUUGAUCGAAGGACUUAUCAGAAGAGUGUAUAACUAUCCUGUGCUUCUUCCUGGUGCGUCUUGCAGCGAAGAGGCCAAAACCAAUCCCAUCUAUAAGUAUUUUACAGGCACGUACAGUAUUGAUGAGAUAUGUUGCAAUACCAAUCAAUCUGCUGCGCAAAUCGAAGACAUCAUCGAUCGCGAUCUAAAUGUUGUAGUGAUAUGGAAAUGAUAUGUUUUAAAUAAAUUAACCAAAA